AUGGACGACCUACCAACAAGAUGGGAGGUUGAGCUUGAGUUCGUCCAAUCAUUGGCGAACAUCCAGUACGUCAACUAUCUAGCCCAGUCGGAGUACUUCAACGAUCCAACGUUCAUCGCCUAUCUCGAGUACUUGAUGUACUGGAAAGACGAGAAGUAUUCCCGGUACUUGGUCUAUCCAAACUGCCUCCAUAUCUUGACACUACUCCAGAGCGAAGAGUUUCGAAAGAGCGUCGUGAAUCCAGAGUUCAUGAAUGCAUUGAUGAACGAUAUGGUGAAGAGAUGGCAACAGCCAGAAGAGACCGGCCAGGAGAAAAAUGGAACGGAAGAUAAUUUGGGCUUAACGGCCGACGCUCAGGUUCCUGAAAUUUCUAUACCUGAGAAUGGACAGAAUGGCGGCUCUGUGGAUAAGGCUUAA